UUUCUUCUCUUUUGGUCCAUGUCAAAAAACCACAACUUCAAAAAAAAACUCUCCAAACAAAAAACAGAACACACAAAAAAAACAGAGGAAAACUAAAUUAAACACAAGAAAAUUAAAGCUUAACAUAUAAGCUAUGGAAAAGUGGAAUCGUGGUAAAUUUAUCGGAAAGGGAUCUUAUGGUUCAGUUUGCAUUGGAAUUCGAGAAUCCGACGGACGUACUUUCGCCGUAAAAUCAGCUGAUAAGAAUUCUCUCUCCUCUGUAGAAGCUUUAGAGAACGAAAUCAACAUACUUCGUUCUCUCUCUUCAUCAUCAUCAUCAUCAUCACCGUUUAUCGUUGAGUAUUACGGCGAUGAUGAAACGACGUCGCAUAGGAAUCUUCACAUGGAGUAUUUACCUAAAGGUGACGUGGCAAAAUCCGGUGGUAUUACCGACGUGGACUUAAUCAGAUCGUACACGUGGUGUUUAGUUAUGGCGUUGAAGGAAGUUCAUUCAAAAGGUGUUGUUCAUUGUGACGUUAAAGGGAGUAACGUUUUGGUGGGGUCAAGUUAUUAUGGUGUUGUUAAGCUUUCUGAUUUCGGGUCUGCAGUAAAAGUCAAAGUUCGUGAUUCAAGUCAUGAUCAGAUAGCGAAGAUUGUACCACGAGGGAGUCCAUUGUGGAUGGCUCCAGAAGUUGUUCGUGGAGAAUCACAAGGGUUUGAGUCUGAUAUAUGGUCACUUGGAUGUACAGUGAUUGAAAUGUUUACUGGAAUGCCAGCUUGGCAAGAUUGUGGUGUUCAUCAUACACUGAUGAAAAUUGGGUACUCUAAUGAGUUACCUCAAUAUCCUACCUCUCUGCCCGAACUUGCUAAUGAUUUCUUGAAUAAGUGUUUGACUCGUAAUCCUGAUGAAAGAUGGAGCUGUGAUCAGCUAUUACAACACCCGUUUUUACUCCCUGUAGUACAAAUUGAUGAUGAUAUUACUCCUAGAAGUAUCCUUGAUUGGCAGAACCUCGAGUUUUCGGAUGACGAAGACGACAAGAAUAACGACGAUGGUGGUGGUGAAUACAAUGAUUACGAGAAUCGAUCAGAUGAGGUUUCCGUGAGGGGUAGGAUUGGUGAAUUGGCAACAACGAGAGGGGUAAAUUGGGAAAGUGACGGUUGGGUGGAGGUUAGGAGUGUAAGGAAGGAAAUAGAAGAGGUUUCGGCGGGGACAAGUUGGGAAUAUUCUGAAUUGAUAGAGGGUGAAAUUGGAAAUUCUAUAAGGGUAAUUUCGGAAAUUCAAGAUAAUGAUUAUCCCACGUGGAUAAAUUCAAGCACUGAAAAUAAUGAUGACAGAAUUAUUAGCGGUGUUGACGGUGGUGUUCGGUGCGGUUAUGGUGAUUUAUGUGGUGGAGAAAAUGAAACUGAUGUAACAAAAUUUUUACAGUCAUCUUUUACUAUUAAUGAUCUUUCAUUAUUAUUAUCAUUAUUUGUAUUGUAUUCUUUUACAAGAAAUAAAGAUUUACUCUGUAAAUAUGAAUAUUAUUGUUACAUUGUAUUAUUAUUAUUAUUAUUAUUAUUAUUAUUAUUAUUAUUAUUAUUAUUAUUAUUAUUAUUAUUUGAUAUACUUUUCUGGUCUCUGUUUCAAAGUUGGAAUGUUGUUGUAGCAAGUUGGUUUAAUUUACCAAGUCUCAUAUGGUUUACUUCGAAAACUCAAGUUUUGGGGGUUAAAAAAUAUUCAAAAGUCAAUACUAAGUCAAAGUCUAGCACAUUGGUGUGCUAACUGAUUUGGGAUAAU